UCUGUAGUUUUUGGUAUAAAAGCACCAAUCUUCUCAUAAUUCCAAAAUCCAUACAGAGCUGAAAAUUUUUCAAAAAAUUUGUGUGAAAUUCUAGAAUCAUCUUCUCUGUGAUUACUAGAAGAAGAAAAAUGGCGGAUCAGCUUACUGAUGACCAGAUCUUUGAGUUAACAGAGGCUUUCAGCUUGUUGGACAAGUACGGAGAUGGUUGCAUCGCGACCAAGGAGUUUGAGAUUGUGAUAAGGUCGUUGGGACAUAACCCUACUGAAGCUGAGCUCCAGGACAUGAUAAACGAGCUGGAUGCAGAUGGUAAUGGAACCAUCGACUUCCCAGAGUUUCUAAACCUCAUGGCCAGGAAGAUGAAGGAUACUGGCUGGGAGGCGGAGUUGAAAGAGGCAUUCAGAGUUUUCGACAAGGAUCAAAAUGGCUUCAUCUCCGCUGCUGAGCUUCGUCAUAUUCUGACUAACUUUCGAGAGGUGUUCACUGAUGAAGAAGUCGAUGAGAUGAUUAGGGAUGCAGAUGUUGAUGGUGAUGGACAAAUCAGCUACGAGGAGUUUGUUAAGCUCCUGAUGGACAAUUAAUUCCCACCAUCCUCUUGUUAUAUUUAAAGUUUAGACUUGUUAAAAAUGUGAAAAAAGCCAAAAAUAAUUCAUUGGACAUGACAAUGUUUUUUCUUU